GGGGAUGCAGAGGAUGAGGAAAGAAAAAAGGCAUCACACCGAUCUCUCAACUAAAGCGUAACAGUUGUGGACGUCGCUUUGAGAUCUGGUUGAGGUUAGACCUUAUUUUAUUUUUCUAUUAAAAUUUUGUUUUUUGUAUCGCUGAUUUCCUGCCAAGCCGUUCUCGGAUAUUAAAAAAUGGCUCAUCCCAGGAGAGAAGGGUACGAUCAUCGAGAGAUAGUGGUGAAAUAUAUCCAUUAUAAGCUGUCACAGAGGGGCUAUGAGUGGCAAGAAGGGCGACACUUAACUGCUGAACUCUCAGAAGCUUCUGCUGCUGCUAACAAUAAUUCAUUUAAUGAUGGAGAGGUGUCUGCUACCCAUGGAGGUCCAACUGGACAUCCACCUGCUUCAAAUUUGCCUGCUGCUUCCUGUUCAGAUAAUGAAAAUCCAAGUGAUGCUCCGGUGCUAGACAAUGCACCUGCUGCUCACAGAAGUACUGCAUCUGCUGCUUCCCCUGUCCCUUUACCCCAAGCAGAGUUGGAUGUUUCCGAGAGAGACUGGAAUGCCCCCCAAGAUGCCAACCAACCGCUAGAUGAUAAUAAUGAUGAAUAUAUGCCCUUACAAACCCUUCCCCCACAAUUGUUUCAGACACUGAGCCGUGCUGGAGAUGAGUUCUCCAGUAUGUACCAGCAGGACUUCAGGCAUAUAUCAGGGCUUCUCCAUCUAACCCCAUCCACAGUUCGUCUUCGCUUUGCUGCUGUGGUGGAGGAGCUCUUUCAUGAUGGGAUAAACUGGGGCCGUAUUGUGGCUUUCUUCGAAUUUGGAGGAGUCAUGUGCGUGGAAAGUGUCAAUCGAGAGAUGUCUCCUCUGGUGGAUUCCAUUGUUGGAUGGAUGACUGACUAUCUGAACAGACAUCUGCAGAACUGGAUUCAAGAGCAGGGAGGAUGGGGGGUUUUCGUUGAACUGUAUGGCAGCAGUGUCCGGCCACCUUUUGAUCCUUCAUGGCUGUCCAUCAAGACCAUCCUAAGUAUUGCCGUUGUUGGAGCAUGCAUCACUCUAGGAGCCUAUUUGGGACACAAGUGAUCAUGUGUGUGGCCCCUAAUCUGACGUCACUUAUUUAAAGGGACAUUUCUAUGUGUAAGACUAAUGGACCAACUGUCAAAUCAGCUAUGACUGCCAAAGGA